AUGUCUCAUGGCAUCCUGGACUUGUUCGACUACACACGGGGCCCGAGAUGCUUAGUUUUCUCGCUCCCGGGCCACUUUACGCCAGCAUGCACCACUGGGAUCGCCGCAUCGGCCUCACUGCAACAUGAGUCUGCACAUCGCAAUUGUCGCUUGUUGGAGUGGUCGACGAACGGCUCUUCGACGCACCAGGAAUGGAUCGACGAGAUUGAAACGGUCACGGGGUGCGGUGUGCAAUUCCCGCUCGUGCGAGACGAGGUGUGCACAACGACGUGUCGUACUAGAUGA